GACUUUCACUUUGCAGAAAUCUGCGAAAUUUGCAGAAACCUGCAAUGAAACUUCCUCUUUCUCCACUUUCCCCUAAACCCUAACUACUUCUACAACAUCUGUAACGAAAACCUGGCCUCUAAGAAACUCUUACAACUUUACCCAACCAACCCAACAAGGAAACCAUGGAGGAAAUGAAGGAAAAGACCGAAAGAAUGCUUAGAGCUGUGCUAAUAAGCGCUCCAAGAGGGAUCCCCAUCUAUAAACUUGACAAAGAAUAUAAAAGUAUAACUUUUGAGCCUAUUCCAUUCAAGAAAUGCGGAUACCCUAGUCUAGAGGCUUUUAUCCGAGCUUCGCCGAAAGUUGCCACGAUUCAAACGGACAGAGAUGGAGAAAUAAUCGUGAAAGGUGUCGCAAGCGAGGCGGAUCAACAUGUAGCAAAGCUAAUCGCAAAGCAAAAGAAACCAAAAUUGAAGAAAUCCGCCUUUAAGAAACCGUUUAGAAGGCCUAGCACGAAUACCUAUCCCAAACCUAUGUAUACUCCGAGUAAAUUUGGACCAAAACGUGCAAUUCCGAGAUCUGUGACCGUCUCCGCUGUUGGAGCCUUGGACUUUUCCCAACAAGCCAAAAGGCGAGUCACAUUUACGGCACAAGGAAACGCACAAAAACCGAAAUUUGUUCCCCCGAGAAUGCAAAAGCUUGGUGGUGGUAGGAGCAGUGGUAUAUCUAUUCCUCAAGGCACACAGAUCACUGCUACUUUGACAAACGGGGGGACAACUAGAAGAACAGUUUCUCUUGUCGGGGAGACUUCAUCGAAUGAUUCUACUGUACUGGAAAAAGUCCAACAGCUACUUGCUUCAAAGCCCAAUGGCAUUUUUGAAAAGCGACUCCCAAAGGAAUACCAAUUAAAAUACAAUGAAGAGCUGCCAUCGCAUGUAGUCGCACAACUCAAGAACAUGUCAGACAUUGCAAGACUUGAGGAGCCUAUUAUAGGAAAUUUCAUAUUCUAUCCUUGUAAAGCCAAACCAAAAGAAGAAGAAAAACCUCCCCCCAAAGGAGGAUCGGUCAAGACUGUUGAGCUCUUUUAUUUGACAUCCAGAAUGCCAGACAUUGGGACGACGGUCGAGGUGUAUGUGAGUCAUAUAAACAACCUGGACGACUUUUAUGUACAGCUCAAAAGUUUUGAAGAUAAGCUGGCAGAGCUGCAGGAUCUGUUGAUGAAAGACUGCGAGGUAUCAAGCACAAUACUUCAACCAGCCAAAGACAUUUUCUGUGUGGCGCGGUUCACAGAGGAUGAUGCCUGGUACAGAGCACAAAUCCAGGAGUGCAUUACCAACAGGGAUACCACAACUGUCAAGGUGCUGUAUGUUGACUAUGGUAACACGGAGUACCUGCCGUCCACCAGGUUACGGCACCUUUUGGAGAAACACGCCGCCUUGCCUAAGAUGGCUAUUCACUGUACACUGGAUGGUGUUGAAAGCUUCAAGGCCAGCAAGGCAGUUCAGGAAAAGUGUUUAGAGCUGUUUCGACAAAAUACUGCUGAUGUGCCUAUGAAGAUAAAGGUGCAGCAGAGAUGUGGGGAUCUUUUGCAUAUCACUUUUGACUCCCUUGAAGAUGCUUUGUGCAACAUGCUACCAAGGACAAAAAUAAGUCCCCCUCCAGUAGAGACUGCCAGCACUGCCGUAGCCACACCUUCAGAGCCUCCCUUAACAGCAGGGCCAAGCCUUCCAGGCAAGAAAGUACCACUGCCAUCUGGUAAUGGUUUCAAGAGUGCUUUAUCUGUACUUCCUGGAAAUGGGCAGCCUCAUAGUCCCAGUGGAGCAGAAGAACAACCUUCUGAUAGUACUCCAGCAGAGCCUAAGAGGUCCACACCCAGGCCUUUCCUGAGGUCUCGCUCGAACCUGAAAGAACAGGGUGCCCCCAAGCUGCCAGAAAAAGUGAUGGUGCCUAAAGACCAAGUUGAUGACUUCAUUGACAUCUACGUCAGCAACAUCCAGAGCACGGAAAACAUUAGUGUUCAACUUGUAGGCGAAGAGUUUUCAAGUAAACUUGAAGCUAUGGAAUUCAGUAUGGAAAGCUACUUUGAAGACCGCUCUGAUGAACCCUACCAACCAAAGACUGGCGAUCUGUGUGCCAUCCGUACCAACCUGAUUCAUGAGAAAGAACAGUGGUACAGAGUAAAAGUUCUAAGUAUUAAUGACACAAAAGCCAAGCUAGAAUUUGUAGACUAUGGAGACAUCAGACAUGCCCCUGUACAAGACCUCAAGGGCCUGCCGCCACGCUUUUAUGAACUACCUCUACAGGCUAUCACGGUCAGCCUUUAUGCCGUCCCUCGCAGCAAGAAACCAGAGGUGCUAGAGAAGCUCAACCACAUGUUGUUGGCAAAGCAGUUUGUGGCACUUACCUUUGACAGAACAGGGGAGACCACACCUGUAGAGCUAUUUAACACGGCAGACGGGUUAGACCUGAACUUGAAUGAUAUUGUCAGAAGACUCAUCCUCCCGGACGAGGAUCUUAAACCAUCCUUGCCAAAGGUUAACCAGCAAACAGAAGUGGCCAUCGUCUAUGCCUCAGAGUCAGGCAGUUUGUUCGUCCAAGUCCCUGGCCCUGGCCUGAAUCGCCUAGAGGAACUAAUGACAGACAUCACUGACCAUUACUCCAAGGUAUUACCCACUGACCAUUACUCCAAGACUACAAAAGCAGCAGAGUUCAUCGCUAAACCCCAUGUUGGAAAGAUCUGCUGUGCACGAUCAUCUGAUGGCUCCUGGUAUAGAGCGUUAGUCAAUCAACUCUUUCAGUCUGAGAGAAAGGUUAAAGUGCGUUAUGUGGAUUACGGUCAUGAAGAGGUCAUACCUUCAGCCUCACUAAGAGAGCCAACUAAAGCCAAUGAGCAUGUCUCCACACUACCCUUCCAGGCAGCAGAGGUCCGUCUUGCAGGACUUAAGGGAUCCUUAUCGACUGAGCAGAGAGACAGGCUAAUGGAGCUUGUCGCAAGCAACGAGUGUGCCCUCUUGCAGAUGGUGAAGUGCAAGGACGUCCCACUUGUCAAUAUCUUCCUGCCGACAGACGAAGAGGGUAACAUGGAAGAUGUGUUGGACCUGAUAUUUGACCAGGAAGAGCCAUCAACAGCACAGGACGAUAUAACUACGGAUAACAGCUCCAUCCAGGACUCUGAGGGUGCCACUGACAGGGACUCAUCCCAAGAUGACGAGCUUGAUGAUGAGCCCUUUCCCCCUGUCACCCUAUCACGCCCUUACGAAGACAUCACCGUGGCGGUUAUCACAGACCCCAGCAACUUCACGUUUCAGCCAUUGAAGUUGCUCAAAGACUUUGAAGAGGUGAUGGGAAAGAUGGCUUCUCAUUAUAACUCUUCCAAAGAGUCCCUUAUCAGCCCAAGGCAGGGCGACCUGUGCGCAGCCAAAAACAGCGACGGGAUGUACUACCGAGCGAUGAUCAAAGCUGUCCUUUCGCCGAACCAGUACUGCGUUCGUUUUCUGGAUUAUGGAGACUUUGCCAUCCUUCAGUCCAGCGCCCUUCAAAUCCUCAGGGAUGAGUACAAGCAGGUUCCGUGCCUGGCCCUACCGGGAUCUCUAGCAGAUGUCCACGGUGUAGGCGAGUCUGGCGAGUGGACGGAAGAGGCCAUCGCCCGAUUUCAGGAGCUCACGAAUUUCAAGACAGUAGUUUGUAGUGUGGAGGCUGAAAAGUACACCGUGUCGUUUGGCGAGGAAUACAAGAUCCCCUUGUCCAUUUUCGAUACGAAGGAUCGGAAGGAUUUGAACAUUGCGGAUUUACUCGUAGAGGAAGGGCUUGCACGGAGAACAGAAAACUAAACAAUUCAAGGUGCCUCUGUCUCUUCUACUCUUGUCUACGAGUGAUUUACUCGUAGAGGAGGGGCUUGCACGGAGAACAGAAAACUGAACAAUCCAAGGUGCCUCUGUCUCUUCUACUUCAUGAGCGAGUGAUUUACUCGUAGAGUAGGGGCUUGCACGGAGAACAGAAAACUGAACAAUUCAAGGUGCCUCUGUCUCUUCUACUCUUGUCUACUUCAUGAGCGAGGGGAAGGAUGUGAAUUAUGGCGGACGUGCAUUUGACGGAUAGGCAUGCUCACCGGACAGAGAGCUGAACUCUAGAAGGCCCAUCUGUAACUGUACGAGCGAGAGGGGUGGGGUGGGAUGAAAAUCGGAGAACAGACGACCCAGCAGUAGAACUUUUGCUGACUCUUAUGCCAGAGCCUUGAUAUAAGGCCAUGAAGUCGAACCUACUUUGGAGUUAUUACCCGUAUUUCGGGAACCAGGAGCACUAUCAUAAAAAUACCUUUUCAAGACACUUAAAUUGAAGUUUAUAGCACUUAAUUAUGACUCUAAUUAUUUCCCACUUGUCAAAUCGGCGAGGGGGGACUCGGCAUGACCGGAACCUAGCUAAGGUAUAUACUUCCGCUUGGCACCAGUCCCUCUAGUUGCCCUAGUCUAAUCAGCAAUAAAGGCUCUCGUGAUAGCGAAGGCUAGCUAUUAUAGAUAGACUUUCGCUCGCUAUCAUUCAUUUUUGCCGCUCUUGUCAAGUAGGCGAAGGGGAGAUGCAGAAUGGCCGGAAGCUAGUUUGUUACCAUUUCUUUCGGACGCUCUUGUCAGCGAGUAGGGACUAGGGAUAACCGUAAGCUAGUUAUGAUAGAUUGACUUCCGCUUCGUACCAAUCUCUUUGCUGCCAAAAAUGCAUCAUAUUUUGUGUUUUGGAAUCCUAUAGUGAAUUUCGCUUGCUGACAUCUCCUAUGUAUGCGAGGUAAUAUAAUGUUUGUAUAAUUAACUUUGUAUCUUCAUAAUUAUAUUGAUAUCUACAAAGACUCGAAGAAAAGUGGUUGUUUAAAUGUAAAUAUAGGCCGAGAUCACAGGCUAGAGAUAUAUAUCGGACAAUAAAUGUCAUUUAUAGACAUUAAGCUUCAUUAAAGCACAUUUGAGAAAA